AUGUUUGAAGAAUCCCGCGAACAUAUACGCCUUAAAAGGGAAUUAAGGGACAUCCAAGAAGAUGGACAAUCCUCAGUAAAUGCUAAUAUAGUUGAUGGCGAUAUAUUUAAAUGGAAAGGUUAUAUUCGGGGUCCAAUUAGUACACCGUAUGAAGGUGGACAUUUCGUAUUGGAUAUAACUAUACCACGAGACUAUCCUUAUAGUCCUCCAAUGAUAAAGUUUGAUACGAAAAUAUGGCAUCCUAACAUAUCUAGUGAAACAGGUGCUAUAUGUCUGGAUAUCUUAAAGAACGAAUGGAGCCCUGCUCUAACAAUAAGAACUGCACUCAUAUCUAUACAAGCCCUAUUGUCGGCUCCAGAACCUGAUGAUCCACAAGACGCACAAGUUGCAGGGAUGUAUAAGAGAAAUUAUGAUGAAUUUGCGCGUACGGCAAAGUUGUGGACCACGACCUUCGCGAAGGACAUAAAUGAAACCAAGGAAGGAAAAAUAUCCAUGCUGACAGAAAUGGGUAUAGAACGAGAUAUAGCGGUGAAGGCACUAGAAGCCAACGGCUGGGAUACCACCGUGGCCAUUAAUAGGCUCUUGGAUUCGUAA